GCAAGGACGGAAUGGACGAGGACGGGACAGAGUUCAACUCAAAUAACCUUCGCGAACGUGAUAAUGCUCCCACGAGCAUCGAAACUAGAGAGCAAGAUCGCUUUCUACCCGUUGCCAAUAUCGCUCGGAUCAUGAAACGUGUGCUGCCACCUAAUGAAAAAAUUGCCAAAGACGCCAAGGAGGCCGUACAGGAAUGUGUUUCUGAGUUUAUCUGUUUCGUGACGUCAGAGGCGUCCGACCGUUGCCAAACUGAAAAGCGGAAGACCAUAAACGGUGAUGAUCUGGUUUGGGCCAUGGGCACCCUAGGCUUUGAUGACUAUGUAAACCCUCUGAAAACGUAUCUCACAAAGUAUCGCCAGGCUGCCAAAGCUGACAAGUCAGAGAGAGUCGGUCGAGGUCGCGCAGGCGACCUAGAGGGAAAUGAUGCAGGAGAACAUCAGGAUGGAGCGCGAUACCAGACCCCAGCGGGAGAAAUGCCGCAAGAUGAAGACCAUAUAUUGGAACGUCAGCUUGCCGAUUUUAUUCACAACGAUGAUCGCAUUUUAUGAUGCGAGUACUCGUUAGUCGCCCAGCGGUAUCUCCGUGUCUGAAUGUGCACUUCGCUCAGCUCACAUCGAACGCCAGAGUUAAAUCAAGCUGUCCGCUUUUCCGGCAGGAGGGGUAUUUUGAAAAUCAAUCAAAUAUUCAAAUGUAAGCACCGGAACUGCGUGUCCCAGAUAUACUCGCAACGGCCGAGGAGCAGCGUGUCGACCCGGGGGAUUCGGCUCAGGCGCGACGCCCAGCCCUGGCUGUUAUGCCGAACAGGGAUGUUGGCUCCAGAACUACCGCCGUGCGGUGGGCCAUUGCAUUCCCCUCCUAUCUCCGACACCGCUCGCCCCACUCUGGUAAGAACGGCGCUCGCCCCCC